AUGAAGAAGUUGGGCACGCCGAAGGCUGUGCGCAACUUCUUUGAUGGAGGCAAUCGCAGAGGCGAAAUUGGCGAGUUCAAGGAGGAGCUAAAUCAUAAUAACAAAGAUAGAAAGAAGGAGGCGCUGAAGAAGGUCAUUCAAGCGAUGACUUUAGGCAAUGACGUCUCUUCCCUUUUUCCAGACGUCGUGAAGUGCAUGCAGACAAACAGUCUAGACCUCAAGAAACUGGUCUACCUUUACGUGAUCAACUAUGCCAAGGCGCAGCCAGACUUGGCCAUCCUUGCCAUCAACGCCUUCCGAACGGAUGCCAACGAUCCAAACAACCCUCUUCUGCGUGCGCUCGCAGUUAGGACCAUGGGCUGCAUCCGCCUGGAGAAGAUGACAGAGUACCUGAUUGACCCGCUACGGAGGAGUUGCAGAGACAUGGACGCAUGGGUUCGCAAAACUGCGACGAUCUGCAUUGCCAAGCUCUAUGACAUCAAUCCGGAGUUGGUGGAGGAUCAGGGAUUUCUGGACAUUUUGCGGGAUAUGCUCGGGGACUCCAAUCCGAUGGUGGUUGCAAACGCGGUGGCCUCUCUCGGUGAGAUUUCGACGUCCGCACGAAGAAACUAUUUGAAACUGGACGAGGAGGUGAUCUCACGCCUCCUGCCAGCGCUAAAUGAGUGCUCGGAGUGGGGCCAGGUCUUCAUCUUGGAUGCACUGGCGACCUAUGACCCACCGAACUCCAAGGUGGCGGAAGCUAUCCUGGAGAGAGGCGUGAUAGCUCGACUGACGCAUGGCAACAGUGCUGCCGCUCCCUCAGCUGUCAAGGUCAUCAUGAAGUUCAUGGACCGUCUGUCCAGCAAUGACCUGGUGCGGACACUCUGCAAGCGGAUGACGGCGCCAUUGGUGACAAUGCUUUCUGCCGAGCCAGAAAUUCAAUAUGUUGUCAUGCGCAAUAUCAAUCUCAUUGCGCAAAAGCAGCCCAACAUACUGCAAACGGACGUGCGCAUGUUCGUUUGCAAGUAUAACGACCCUCUCUAUGUGAAGCUCGAGAAGAUCGCUGUUAUGGUGCAGCUUGCCUCUGACCGCAACAUCGACUCCGUCUUGUCCGAGUUCGUGGAGUACGCAUCAGAGGUGGACAUUGAAGUCGUCCGCCAAUCCGUGCGUGCGAUCGGGCAGGCGGCGAUCAAGCUUGAGCGAUCUGCAGAGCAAUGCGUCAACUGCUUGCUGGAGCUCAUUAAGACCAGGGUCAACUACGUUGUUCAGGAGGCCAUUGUCGUCAUUCGCGACAUUUUCCGGAAAUAUCCUGGCCAGUACGAGAUGAUCAUCUCGGAACUGUGCCAGAACCUGGACAGCCUUGACGAGCCCGAUGCUAAAGCGUCGAUGAUCUGGAUCGUUGGCGAAUAUGCAGAAAGGAUAGACAACAGCGGUGACCUCCUGGAGACUUUCUUGGAGUCCUUUCAUGAGGAGCCUUCCACGGUGCAGCAGCAAAUUCUCACAGCGACCGUCAAGAAGUUCGUGAAGAGUCCGCAGGACUCACGUGAGCUUGUUGGGCGUGUGCUGAAGCUGUGCACGGAUGAAAGCACCAAUCCCGAUCUGCGGGACCGCGGCUGGAUGUACUGGAGGAUGCUCAGCAAUAACCCACAGCUGGCCAAGCAGGUUGUCCUCAGCGAGAGGCCGACCAUCAGCGAGAAUUCCUUUGCUUUGCAGCCGCGAGUGCUGGACCGCCUCAUCGCAAAUAUCUCCACCCUGGCAUCGGUUUACCAUCAGGUCCCUGAGGCCUUUUGUGACAACAACCGCGGGGCGAGGCAAGUGGAAGAGAACGAUGAGUUUGAGGACUAUUCCGAGACCAUCGAACGCGUUGAGCAGGAGAUCCAGCAGACGGGGAGGUACGAGGAGGAGUCUGGCGAUGAAGCCAGCGAGGAUGACAGCAGUGCGAGCUCGAGCAGUGGCGCCUCUCCUGGAAAGGCAAAGGCCCCUGCUCCGAGCGCGGCCGGGGGUGGCUCAGGCCCUCCUCCGCCACUGCGUCCCCUUGCACAAGUUCUCUCGGAGCAGACUCCUGGGGAAGGGGGCAAGCGGGGUCUUCGUGUGGCCGCGGCUGUUGUUCGUGGCAACGGUGGUGCCAUAAACAUGCAGCUCAUGGUCGGUAACUUCACGCCGCAGCCGAUGGGUGGCUGGGCUGUGCAGUUCAACAAGAACCCCUUCGGCCUGGCACCCCCCAGUGGGCCGAUGCAGAUGGAGCAGGUGGCGCCAAACGGAACGGCCAAAGCGCUGCUCCCCUUGGCUCCAAACAAGCUGCAAG